UCCGCAUUCCUUCCUUCCCAUCGAUCAUCCCACAUCCCAUUCAUUGAUCUUUCUCAAUCAACCCUCUACUUCAUCCCUCUAUCAUCCACCUCUUCUUCAUCACCUUCAAGAUGAUGUCCCUUCGCACCCUCACUCGCUCCGCCCCCCGCUCUAUUGCGCGGUCUCUCGCUAUCUCCACUCGCUCGACUGUCUCCCGACCUGUCGCCGCCGUUUCCCAGAAUGCUUUCACCUUGAAGCAGAUCACAAAGCCUGCCUAUGCUGCUUUCUCGACCUCUCGGGCUUUCAAGCAGUCCUCUAACGAGGGUGACAUUGAGCUUGUUGCUAAGCUUGAGGAUGAGCUGAAGCACGAGAAGGCCUCCGGCCUUGAGGAUCUGGAGGGUUCCGUUCAGAACAUCCAGUAUGUUCUGCAAAACAACUCUUGGGAAGUCAAGGAUAUUCCCGGCGAGCAGGAAGUUGCGUUCACCAAGAAGUUUGGCAAUGAAGAGAUCCGCGUCACUUUCACCGUUGCAGAUCUCCAGAACCUGAGCGAGCAGGACGACUUUUCCGCUGAUGGUCUGAUGGGCGCAAACGAAUUCGGAAGCCACCAACCAGCUAACCAAGGUCGCACAGGCAUGUCUCAGCUUCCCGAGGACAGUCUCGCUCCUUCCGACCGCGACGAGGUCGAUCUCGAUGACCUCGAGCCGAGCUUCCCUGCCCGUGUCAACAUCACUAUUGAGAAGCCCGGCAACGGCGCUCUCCUGGUUCAGACUCUGUGCAAUGAUGGCGUGUUCCAGGUCGAGGAGGUCUCUUACUUCAACAAGCCCGAUCUGGCUCUUGCCCAGACCGCUGAGAAGGACUGGGCUAGACAGAGCAUGUACGCCGGUCCUCCCUUCGAGAACCUCGACGAGGAGCUCCAAACCUUUAUCGACCGUUACCUGGAUGCCAGAGGCAUCAACGCCGAGCUUGCCACCAUGAUCCCCGACUACAUCCAGGUCAAGGAGCAGAAGGAAUACGUCCGCUGGCUCGAGAGCAUCAAGAACUUCGUUGCUGCUUAGCUUGGGCGGAAACAAACAUUGCUCAAAUGCGUUCUUCCAACAGUCUCGUGGCGUGCUUGUAAAUGAUGCGUUUUGAGUUUUUCAAAUAUACUCCUCUGGCUCCUGUUUUCUCCAAAGCAGGCUUUAUGUUCAUUAAUCAGGUGGUGCUUGGCAGCCCCAUAAUGUAUCAACAUAGAAACGAACAAAAAAAUGUAAUUAUGACUGAGAAC